AUGGCCAUAUUGGCCAUUCGCCAUGAGAGUAGCGGGAAUCGAACCCACACCCUGCCACAAGAGAUCUUCACUAUCCACUACGCCAACCGGUUCGCCGGGAUAGGACCGCGUGAGCUCGCGCCGUCUAUUACCAGGGGACUUAAGCCCUCCAGACUCCGCAUUGCAUUCUCCGGGGUCGCACAUAACUCCGGCCCGCUGUCCCCGGGACGAGGUGUUAAACGGCACCCGGACAGGCCCGCACCGGGUCAAACUGCCCACCGGUACAGUCGCGAUCGUUCCCGGAACCCUACUGCCCCGGGAUAUGGUCCGCGAUUUAAGGGGACGUGUAGGACUGUACUUGUUUCGGCCGCGUUGAAAUAU